CCAGAGAGAGAGAGAUGUUAGAGGCGAAUGAAUAGAGAAAUAAAUAGGAUUGCAGGGAUCUCGGAGACACACAGGAUUGAUCUCAUUUAAAGGAGAGACAGAUCAGCGGUCACUUAUGGACUCGAGCGCAAUUUCAGCUGAAACUCGUCCAUGUUAGCGGGUUAGAUGAUCCCAUGAAAUAUUUAUCAUAUUUUAUAAAUCCAGCUCCACAACCAUUUUUUUUUCCACAUUACAAGAGCUGUGGGAAGCUCGGCGGGGAUUGGCCGCUGGAAAAUCACGUGUCCCGCAGUCACAUGGUCAGGGAGGAAAAAGGGGGUCCUUUUUGGUGUAAAUCUGGAGUCUAAUUCUGUAAUAUAUCACGGUACCUCGUAAAACCGACACUAAAAGGGCCCGGCCUACAAAUCAUCCGGCCGAAUUAUGAGUUCAUUGUAUUAUGCCAAUGCUUUAUUCUCCAAAUAUCCGACUGCAACUUCAGUUUUCUCAUCUGGAGUCUUCCCCGAGCAAACUUCGUGCGCCUUUGCCUCCAAUCCCCAGCGCAGCGGCUACGGGAGCAGCCCGGGCGGAACGUUCCCGGCGGGGUCGGCGGCUCAUGGUUUAUACAGUAAUGGGAGCAGCCUGCACCCCCAGAGCCCGGCCAUGUACCCCUCCAGCUAUGGGCUCGACGCUGCCUCCUUCAAUAUGCACUGCUCGCCCUUUGAGCAGAACCUCUCCUCCCUGAUGUGCGCCGGCGACCCCACUAAGCAGAACAGCGCCAAGGCUGAACAGAGGGAGUCGGAGCUGCACAAUGAGGCCAACUUGAGAAUCUACCCCUGGAUGAGGAGCGCAGGGGCGGACAGGAAGAGGGGUCGCCAGACCUACACAAGGUACCAGACCCUGGAGCUGGAGAAGGAGUUUCACUUUAACCGCUACCUGACCCGGCGGAGGCGCAUCGAGAUCGCCCACGUUCUGUGUCUGACCGAGCGACAAAUCAAAAUCUGGUUCCAGAACCGCAGGAUGAAAUGGAAAAAGGAAAACAAGGCAUCCAGCCCUUCCUCUAACAGCCAGGAAAAGCAGGAGACUGAGGAAGAGGAGGAGGAAUGAAGUGGCCCAAUGGACUAGUGAGCAGGAGAUGAUCCACUGACCCAUACUACCUAGAUCCCUUUUGUACUAGAGGGUUAGCUACCUACCCCACCUGUCCACACUAUAGGUCCAUUUUCUAUGUGGCGUCUCAUGUAGCCAAUUAUUCCACAAGCGUUGCUGCAUUUUUAUUUUUUAUACCUUUUUUGAAGAAUCCUAGUUCCUGAGAGAUCGUGAUCUAAAAAAAAAAAAAUCUUGUGACUGUGUUUGAAUAGUUCGUGCGAUAUAAUCGGGAGACCAGUGUGUAGGAUUGUGCCCCCCCCCCAACAACCUGUGGCUUGUUCCUUCCCCCCUUUCUUUUUUUUCUCACUAUAGACUCAGUUCAGUACUUGGGGAUAUCUCCUUCCCUCUCCAUUCCCUAUUUACAAAUAUGUGUAAUAUUUUUGUGUCAUUUGAAAAAAAAAAAAAAAUGUGAUGUAAAAUUAAUUUUAAUAUAAUUUAAUCAUAGACUCUGUGCUUCUAUUUCUUCAUGAGUUGUUGUAAUGUUUCCUUCAAAUAAAAUUAAAAAAAACAAACAAAAUAGUUGAAACUUGA